UCCUGCAAUUUCUAGACUCAGGAGAGGUGCGCAGUUCCUGGGAAGGUUUGGCCGCAGCGCUAGCAUGCCCCGCUCCUCCCUGUCCUCUUACCCCAACCUGGCCAGCCCGCCAGGCCUCCCCUGAUUCCCGCCUGGGCUCUGCGGGGCCGGGAUACCACUUGGUCUUUUCAGUGUGGAAGUUUCCGGCUGGCCCCGCCCAGCCCUGGCCCCCGCGCCAUGGCCCCGCCCCAAUUCCGGAGCCCGCUGGGCUGUGCGCUGAUUGGUCAGAGCCUGGCGUAGCCCAGCUCGGCAGCUCCGGCUCUCUCAGCCUCUCUCCAGACUCCCUGGCCAGUAGUUUGCGGCAUCAUCGGAAGCAGCAGCAGCAGUAGCGGCGGCAGCGGGUGCGUAGGGAAGACAGACUAGUGGGCUCAGACGGCAGCAAAGCUCCUGCACACCAUGCCCGGCUUGCCCAGGGGGCACUGGCACUCGUGCCCCUAGCCCUGCGCGGGCUCGUGGCGCAUUGCUUUCUGUGGCAUUCCAGCUGAGCGGAUUCAUCUGAGAUACGAAACCUCCCACUCCUGCUUGCUCACACUCCACACUCAGACUCCCCACACCACACACUCACUCUCCCUCUCCUCGCACAUUCACAACACCACCUGAGAAAGGAAGAGAAAGCCAGACAGAUCUUCCGAGUGCGAGAGCGCCCGAGAGGGAGGGAGCCCAGCGCAGAGGGGCCAGCGCCUCUCCGGGAAGAUGGAAUCAAGACUCUCAUGCAAGUAAACUUUGGCGGCUACAAAACCGUCGACCUUGGCAGAUGCUGAGGCGAACCCCAGCGACAUGCCGCUGAGCUAGGAGGGCUUCCUUCUGUGGCGGCGGCGGCGGCGGCUGCGGCGGCGGCGGCGGCGGCGGCCCUUGGAGCGACAGCCCAGCCCAGACCCAGGGAGGAAGAGAAGCCCCCGGUAACCCGCAGAGGCUGCCCCGCCUCUCUUGGCCGGUACUGUUGUCGCUUCCCCUUUCCUCCUCCCCAUUCCCGGCCCCCAUCGGGCAAUUGGAAAGACUGAGACUUUGAUUUUCUUGGACAAAUUACCAACGCCCGGUUUUCACAAACUUGACGUGGAAGCUUGGGUGUGUUAGUAACUUUGAUAUCUGAGACGCAAAGCCCGCAGUCCAACCGCUUUGUGGUGGGAGCUCUGCAUGCAUCUCUGAUUCUGGACAGACGCGCCCCCCCGAGUCUUCCAAAGCCAACCUCUGCACCGCGGAGCGUGCUCUCCUCUCAGCAGCCUCUCUACCAUCUACCCUCCCUUGCUGACUCUGGGACUGCUAUCCGACUCAGCCAGGUACCUGGGCGCCAGCGGCUCUUGACACAUCUCAAACUCCCACCUGUGAUCCCCCUUGUUCCAAGCCCGCCUCAAAAAGGCUAGUGUGGCUCCCUACCGGACCCCGGAAGACGUGUUCCAGGCGGAUCCAUCCUCGCAGUGAGCCGGGAGCGCUGGGGGGGGGGGGGGUCUUACGUAUGCCAGGUGCACAGACCAGGAGCUCGCCAGUCCCAGUGCUGGUGCGCUGCGGCGGGCCGGGCAGUGCCUGACACCCUGCAUCCCCACCGCCUUCCCCGCCUUGGCUCCAAGAGCGGUCCAGACUUAGUCGCACAUCAACCCGGCCACUCGAACGCCGUCCGACCCGCUGCCCUGCGACGUAGCGGCCAGUCGCGCCUGGCUAACUCUGAAGGGGGAAAACUGAGUAGCCGGGCUGGAGGGUGGGGGCUCGGGGCCGCGAGGUGCUCCCUCGGCCCCCUGGAGCCCCCGAGCCCCCCGCAAGCCCCCGCCCAGUCCACAGAAACCUCAGCAUUGGAGCCUGCGCGGGUAUCACCCGCGCGCCGCCGGGCCGCCCUGGGUGGGACUCCUCCCGAGGCCUCCAGGGCCCCGGGGCGCGCGCAACAGGCGGCCCAAGUCAGCGGAAAGCUGGAGCGCCGGCGGCGCCGUCCUCGGAGGGGUGUGGAGAGGCGAGGCCAGGCAGAGCCCCGCGCAGCCAUGGAGUCACUCCUGCUGCCGGUGCUGCUGCUGUUGGCCGUACUAUGGACUCAAGCAGCCGCCCUCAUUAACCUAAAGUACUCCGUAGAAGAGGAGCAGCGCGCCGGGACGGUGAUCGCCAACGUGGCCAAGGACGCCCGUGAGGCGGGCUUUGCGCUGGACCCGCGACAGGCCUCUGCCUUCCGUGUGGUGUCCAACUCGGCUCCGCACUUGGUGGACAUCAACCCCAGUUCAGGCCUGUUGGUCACCAAGCAGAAGAUCGACCGAGACCUGCUGUGCCGCCAGAGUCCCAAAUGCAUUAUCUCACUUGAGGUCAUGUCCAGCUCAAUGGAGAUCUGCGUGAUUAAGGUGGAGAUCAAGGACCUGAACGACAACGCGCCCAGCUUCCCCACGGCACAGAUCGAGCUGGAGAUCUCAGAGGCGGCCAGCCCAGGUACUCGCAUCCCCCUAGACAGCGCCUACGACCCAGACUCUGGCACUUUCGGCGUGCAGACCUACGAGCUCACACCUAAUGAGCUGUUCGGCCUGGAGAUCAAGACGCGUGGCGAUGGCUCGCGCUUUGCUGAACUCGUAGUGGAGAAGAACCUGGAUCGUGAGAAGCAGUCGCAUUACAGCUUUCGGAUCACUGCUCUGGACGGCGGCGACCCGCCGCACCUGGGCACUGUUGGCCUCAGUAUUAAGGUGACUGACUCUAAUGACAAUAACCCGGUGUUUGGCGAGUCCACCUAUUCAGUGAGUGUGCCAGAAAACUCACCUCCAAACACUCCUGUCAUCCGCCUCAAUGCCAGCGACCCAGAUGAAGGCACCAAUGGACAGGUGGUCUACUCUUUCUAUGGCUAUGUCAAUGACCACACUCGUGAGCUCUUCCAGAUUGAUCCACACAGUGGCCUCGUCACGGUCACUGGUGCCCUAGACUACGAAGAGGGCCACGUGUACGAACUGGACGUUCAGGCCAAGGACCUGGGGCCCAACUCUAUCCCGGCACACUGCAAGGUCACUGUCAGCAUUCUGGACACCAAUGACAACCCGCCGGUCAUCAACCUGCUGUCGGUUAACAGCGAGCUGGUGGAGGUGAGCGAGAGCGCCCCUCCAGGCUACGUGAUUGCACUGGUGAGGGUGUCUGACCGAGAUUCCGGCCUCAAUGGGCGAGUGCAGUGCCGUUUGCUGGGCAAUGUGCCUUUUAGGCUGCAAGAGUAUGAGAGCUUCUCCACUAUCCUGGUGGACGGACGGCUUGACCGUGAGCAGCAUGAUCAGUACAACCUCACAAUCCAGGCGCGCGACGGCGGUGUGCCCAUGCUGCAGAGUGCCAAGUCCUUUACUGUGCAAAUCACCGAUGAGAACGACAACCACCCGCACUUCUCCAAGCCCUAUUACCAGGUUAUUGUGCAGGAGAACAACACUCCUGGCGCCUAUCUUCUCUCUGUGUCUGCCCGAGACCCCGACCUAGGUCUCAACGGUAGUGUCUCCUACCAGAUAGUGCCAUCGCAGGUGCGGGACAUGCCUGUCUUCACCUAUGUCUCCAUCAACCCCAACUCCGGUGACAUCUAUGCGCUGCGAUCAUUCAACCACGAGCAGACCAAGGCAUUCGAAUUCAAGGUGCUGGCCAAGGAUGGUGGCUUGCCCUCCCUGCAGAGUAACGCCACAGUUAGGGUCAUCAUCCUAGAUGUCAAUGAUAAUACCCCAGUCAUCAUGGCCCCGCCACUGAUCAAUGGCACGGCUGAAGUCUACAUCCCCCGCAACUCCGGCAUAGGCUAUCUGGUGACUGUAGUGAAAGCAGAGGACUAUGACGAGGGCGAAAACGGCCGGGUCACCUAUGACAUGACCGAGGGAGAUCGCGGCUUCUUUGAAAUCGACGAAGUCAAUGGUGAAGUGAGAACCACUCGCACAUUCAGCGAGACUUCCAAGGGUUCCUAUGAACUUAUUGUGGUGGCCCACGACCAUGGCAAGACAUCUCUCUCCGCCUCUGCUCUCAUCCUAAUCUACCUGUCUCCCGCUCUGGACGCCCAAGAGUCAAUGGGCUCAGUGAACUUGUCCCUGAUUUUCAUUAUCGCUCUGGGCUCCAUUGCAGGCAUCCUCUUUAUCACUAUGAUCUUCGUGGCGAUCAAGUGCAAGCGAGACAACAAAGAGAUCCGGACCUACAACUGCAGUAAUUGUUUAACCAUCACUUGUCUCCUGGGCUGUUUUAUAAAAGGACAAAACAGCAAGUGUCAGCAUUGCAUCUCAAUUUCUCCCAUUAGCGAGGAGCAAGACAAAAAGGCUGAGGAGAAAGUGAGCCUAAGGGGAAAGAGAAUCGCUGAGUACUCCUAUGGGCAUCAAAAGAAAUCAAGCAAGAAGAAAAAAAUCAGUAAGAAUGACAUUCGCCUUGUACCCCGUGAUGUGGAGGAGACAGACAAGAUGAACGUUGUCAGUUGCUCCUCCCUGACCUCGUCCCUCAACUAUUUCGACUACCACCAGCAGACACUGCCCCUGGGCUGCCGCCGCUCUGAGAGCACUUUCCUGAAUGUGGAGAACCAGAAUACCCGCAAUACCAGUGCCAACCACAUCUAUCAUCACUCUUUCAACAGCCAGGGCCCCCAGCAGCCAGACCUGAUCAUCAAUGGUGUGCCUCUGCCUGAGACUGAAAACUAUUCUUUUGACUCCAACUAUGUGAACAGCCGAGCCCAUUUAAUCAAAAGCAGCUCCACCUUCAAGGACUUAGAGGGCAACAGCCUGAAGGAUAGUGGACAUGAAGAGAGUGACCAGACUGACAGUGAGCAUGAUGUUCAGCGAAGCCUGUAUUGUGAUACUGCUGUGAAUGAUGUACUGAAUACUGCUGUGACCUCCAUGGGAUCUCAGAUGCCUGACCAUGAUCAGAAUGAGGGAUUUCACUGCAGGGAAGAAUGCCGGAUUCUUGGCCACUCUGACAGGUGCUGGAUGCCCCGGAACCCCCUGCCCACCCGUUCCAAGUCCCCUGAAAAUGUGCGGAAUAUCAUCGCUCUGUCCAUUGAAGCUACUGCUGCUGAUGUUGAGGCUUAUGACGACUGCGGCCCCACCAAGCGGACUUUCGCAACCUUUGGAAAAGAUGUCAGCGACCACCCCACUGAGGAGAGGCCCACCCUGAAAGGCAGGAGGACUGUCGAUGUGACCAUCUGCAGCCCCAAAGUCAAUAGCGCUAUCCGGGAGGCGGGCAAUGGUUGUGAGGCUAUUAGCCCUGUCACUUCCCCUCUGCAUCUCAAGAGCCCUCUGCCUACCAAGCCUUCCGUGUCUUACACCAUUGCCCUGGCACCACCCGCCCGCGAUCUGGAGCAGUAUGUCAACAGUGGUCCUUCUCGUCCCUCUGAAGCUGAGCCUCGUGGAGCUGACAGCGAGAAAGUCAUGCAUGAGGUCAACCCCAUUCUGAAGGAGGGUCGCAACAAAGAGUCUCCUGGCUUGAAGCGUCUGAAGGAUAUCGUUCUCUAAACCAGCCUCGGGGAAGAAGAAACCAUGCUGGCUAGCGAAGAAGCAGGAGCUGAUCAUUUUAAUUACUCACCAAUGGUUGGUUCUUGAGUGGCUGUAUUUCAGAGCUUUCCCUAAAUGUAUUGUUUAUAAAUGACUAUCAUUUUGUGACAAUCCCUUGUUUCCACAAGCAGCAGGGGUGUUCCGUUGGAGCAAAUUAGCUUUGGCUUGAGUUGUUCAUGGGGCCUUGAUGUUGGGGAAACAGAUGAAUUCAGUUGUGAAAAGUAUUAUGUAUAAGUGUUUGAAUUUAUAUAUUUUUCUAUGUCAAAAUUAUAAUAUAAAUUACAUUGUUUGUGGAGGAUUACAUUUAAAAAAGGAAAAAAAAAUCUGUGGACACUUUUAAUAAGCUUGCCACUGUUUUGUAGUGUAGGCAAGUUAAUGGUCGUUUAUUGUGUACUAUUAAUUGAUUCAGUGAUGUGAAAUUGAGCCCCUAAAAGAUUGUUUCUGAAGCUCAAGUAGUUUCCAAUGCCACUACUUUGCUGUGAACACCGCUGCUUUAAGAACCCUUUUGCUAGCUGUGCUAUUGUUGUAUUUGAUAUUGCAAAUUGCUAUGUGUGUGGUGAUGGCAAAAGACUUUUAGAGAUUGGUGUUUUUUUCUUAAAAAAUAAAUAAAACUACAGAUAAAAACAAAGUGCAAACUGAGAUGGCAAGUGAAUAAGUAAUACCACACGUAUAGAUAAGUACUUGGGGAUACUCACUCUUGGAAGAUACCAAUGGAGUGGUUGCUUACACCUUGUAGAGUAUUUUGCCUGCCUUUCGGUCUUCUGCCCAGAUCUGUGAUAGAUCGUUGCAGAAAGUCAUUUUUUUGAUAUUCUGCUAUCUAAUUUGUCAGAAGUGCUGUGUUGAAAGUAACAUGAAAUCAAUUUUUCUAAUUCUCAGGCCCUGAACAGGAAAGUUGCUCAUGAAGUUACCAUUUUCCAGGCUUAGAAAUUCCCUGAUUCCAAUCACCUAAAAUUAAAAAAGACUGAAUCUAUUUUCAGAUCUAAAUUAGCAUAUUUUUAGAUACACUUCCUGAUUCAGUGUUUCCCAGUCAUGAUUAGAAUUAUACUACAAAGCAUGUCAUGGGGUGGAAUUGAGAACUCCAUGUUGCUCUGUAUUGCAGGAUUAUAAUUUGGGAUUGUAUAAGCAGUACUAAAUGUACUUUUAGAAAAAGACAGGUAGCAGGUAACAGCAUCACUAUCUCAAUUACUGUGCCUUCUAUAUGGAGACACUUGGACACUUGAACUCAUCUUUUUAUGACUAAUACUUUUUAAAAAUAAAAAUGCGAACAGGAAACUAUUAAAAUAAAAAUUCUUUAGAUUUAGCUAACUCUUUGCUGUAGGCUAGGAAUACACCUUUUUUAUUAACAAGUUUGUUAUACACAUUUUUUGUUUAACAUUCUUUCAACUCCCUCAUUUAUAAACUGUCUAUUAAUAUUCACUAGCCAACAUAGUAUUCUUGCAGCUUAAGAGUUCAAGAGUUGUUUCUAGAGAAACAAGUUUUGUGGUUCUGUUCUCACUGGUUUUAGUUUUUUAAAUUCAAGAGUACCCA